UGGAGGCACAGGAGCAGCGGGGCUCCGGAAAGGAGGGGGCAAGCGCCAGCUCCCUGAAUCCCGAUGGAGGAGGAGGCGGAGGAGGAGGCGGAGGAGGCCUGAGUGACUGUCCUUCCUGGAACUCCCUUCUCUCCGCGGCCUUCAACGGCCGGCAGCCCACCGCGGAGCAGCCGCUGGCAACAUCGACUGGCAGGCUGCCCUGCGCGGGGGGAGAGGAAGGACCGCUGCCGAGGACGAGGCCGCCUCCUCUCCGCCGCCGCCGCCGCCCACCGGGCUGCUUCCUCCUGGGAGAGAGCAGAAACUCCCCUCGCCGGGGGGCCUGAGCGAGGACUUCGCGGCGAACCCCGCCAGGAGGCCAGGCAGAGGGCGGCGGGGAGCGGGGGGCGAGGGCGAUCUGGCGUGCGCCGAGCGGCGGCUGCAGGAGGGCCUGGCCGGGAAGCCCCUCCGUGCCGGACUGCUGGCGGCUUUGCACGUCUCUCAGGAACCCCCCAGGUCGGGGAGUCUUCUUCGCAGAAGAUCGCCAGGUGGCGUAGCUCAUCCCACAGAAGCCCAAACGGAGCGAAAAGCGGUUCUGAGCAGCUCUGUCUUCUAGGCCGCCUCCACGAUGCCAGGAGAGGAGGGGAGGCCGUUCCACAUGGUGACUCCUCUGCUGGAGAGCGCGGCCCUCUCCCGGGCUGCGGGUACAAAGGUCUACAUGAAGCUGGAAAACACCCAGCCCUCUGGCUCCUUCAAGAUCCGGGGCAUUGGCUAUUUCUGCCAGCAGGUUGCCAGGAGGGGCUGCCAGCACCUGGUUUGCUCAUCAGGGGGCAAUGCUGGGCUUGCUACCGCCUACGCUGCCCGCAAACUCGGGAUCCCGGCCACCGUCAUCGUCCCCGGGAGCACCCCCCCGCUGGUGGUGAGGAAGCUGGAAGAGCAGAGGGCGGAGGUGGAGGUCUUUGGAAAGGUGUGGGACGAUGCCAACGACCGGGCCUUGGCGCUGGCUGAGAAGGACGGCUGGGUCAACGUCCACCCCUUUGACCACCCCUUUGUCUGGAAGGGCCACAGCAGCCUGGCCCAGGAGCUGCGGGACUGCCUGGAGGCCAAGCCUGGCGUGGUGGUGCUGUCGGUGGGAGGAGGAGGCCUCCUGGCUGGGGUGGUGUCUGGCCUGCAAAAGGUGGGCUGGCGGGACGUGCCCAUCGUGGCCGUGGAGACCAGAGGCGCCGACAGCUACAGCGCAGCCCUCCAGGCCGGGCACCUGGCCACCCUGCCGGAGAUCACCAGCGUGGCAACGUGCCUGGGGGCCAAGACGGUGGCACAGCGGGCUCUGGACUGUGCCAGCGAGUGGCCCAUCAUCUCGCAUGUGCUGGAGGAUGUGGAGGCCGUGGCGGCCGUGGAGCACUUCCUGGAUGAUGAGCGCAUGUUGGUGGAGCCGGCCUGUGGUGCCUCCCUGGCUCUGCUCUACUCCGGCCACCUCCAGCAGCUGCAGGCCGAGGGGCGUUUGUGCAGGCCCCUGCCGGGCCCCGUCGUGGUCAUCGUGUGCGGGGGGAGCGGCAUCCAGCUGGAGGGGCUCCGAGCCCUGAAGAGCCGGCUGGGGAUGCCCUGAAGGCGGCCAGAGAUCAUGGCCUGUGGCGGGGGGGGGCUUCCCUCUGGUUGACUCGGACCACCGUGGGGCUGGGAUGGGGAAGGAACCCUUCCAGCUGCUGCUAAGGGCAGCUGUUUGCCCCGCCCUGACCCAAAUGCCAGAUUGGGGGUCAGGAAGGAUUCCGCCCCCCUGCCCCCCUCAAGGUUCAAUUCACCCAUGAGCCCAGGUUGGGGCUGUUCUGUGUUACCCUGUGAUAAGAAGGCUUGGCUGGCUGGCUUGAGCCAUGGAAGACGACUGGGGGAUGCUUCAGUGCCCUCGCUUUAAAGCCACACCCCCGGGCAGUGCUAAGGAGUACUAAGAUGUGGUGUGCACACGCUCAGUCCCUUGCUAAUAAAAAGAACCGCUUGA